GCUCGACAUAACGCAAAGAACAGAGACGGGGCUGCAGUCAGUGAAGCUGCCGAUAAUUAACGACCUGUACUAUCCCCGAGCUACACGUUCGGCCUAGUCAUCAUGGCUGCUGCUGCCGCCUACAAGGACCGGCAAUUCCUGGCUGUAAUUGGAGAUGAAGACUCUGUCACAGGUCUCUUACUCGCUGGCAUCGGCCAUGUCACCGAACCUCCCGAUUUGCAGCGAAAUUUCCUUGUCGUCGAUUCCAAGACCGAGACAUCUGCUAUUGAGAAGGCAUUUCACAAUUUUACCCAGGAAAGGAAAGAUAUUGGCAUAUUGCUGAUCAACCAACACGUCGCCGAACGUAUCAGACCGGCAGUCGAUUCGUAUACGGAAGCCUUCCCCGCCGUGUUAGAGAUUCCGAGCAAGGACCAUCCAUACGAUCCAGAAAAGGACAGUGUUCUACGACGAGUACGAAGGUUGUUUGGGGAGUAGGCGGGGUACUCAUUUUGUUCUGCUUAUAUCUUAUCAUGGCUUCUCAGGCGUUAUUGCACAUUUGUCUCUAUAUUCACAAGACCAGAUCUACGUUAUAUUCAAUACUUGCAAAAAAUACAAUUUACUCUUUUUGAUGA